AUGCGGACGCUAAGCGAAGACAUACGCGAGGAGCGGGAAGACUUGAAGGAAGCUGCCGAGCAGACCUUGAACAUCAUCGUGGACCUCGACCUGGAGGGCCGCAUCAAGUGGUGGUCGGCUCCCCCCGAAUCGGUCGAGGGCCGCAUGAUCUCGGAGCUACUAGUUGGCAAUAAAAAUGUCUUUCGCGACGCGAUCGACGUCAUGAAGGAAGAUGACUCGCGUAGUCGAUUCAUUCGCUUCGCGGUGCAGAUGGGACCCGACUCGGUCCUAAGAUACGCGCCUGAACCGCGUCCCGUUGAGUCGGAGUAUGUUACUGAGCGGGAAGAGAAAACGACCGAGGAAAAUACUACGGAUGAGAAGACGGAGCCUUCGCAGGUCGAAGGCGAGGAUAACCAUGAUGUGCUGACCAUGGAGGGUCAGGGUAUCAUGGUGUAUGACCGAACGGAUGACGAGGGCGGACAUGCGAUGUGGAUGCUCCGACCGCUCACCGAACCUCGCGAAGUGACCAUCGAUCUGCCACCUCAGCUCGUAGAGUCACUUGGUGUCGGUGCAGAAGUGCUGGCAAACUACCUGACCGAACUCGCAGAGGCCGCAGCGAACGAACCGGAUCCCUCAAAACACCCUGCCCCGACGCCGGUUCUAUGUCGCAUUUGCGAACGCCAAAUCACCCCGUGGUGGUUCGAGAAACACUCCGAUCUUUGCCUGCAGGAACAUCGGGCGGAGAUGGAUGUACAAAUCGCACAGGAAAACCUCAACGAACACCGUCAUGCGAUCGUGAGAGUGCUGGAUGCAUUGGAGGCUCGACACGGAAGGCCGUUGAUCGGCAGCGAUGGUAGCGUCCUCCCUCUUGUCCAGCCAGAGUAUAAAGGGUUACCUAUUGGGCCAUCGCCUGCCAGUUCGGCACCAUCAUCAGCGCCCGCCUCUGGUGUGAGCUCGGCGCCCGGGACACCACCUCGCUCACGCGACCAUUCGGCCUCGGGCAUCAUCACCCCAGGACGGCCCCGGGCGUUCACUGUUCGACGACCGCUGGCUCGCAUUGUCGAGCUGGUUCUCGAUCUCUGCGACACCGCGUUGGAGAUCAGUAUGCCGGUGAUCAAAGAGUCAUCGCGCCCAGAGAAUGGAGAGGAAUUCAGGACUCUCUCGCCGCAAUCUGAAUCUCGAAUUUCUCAGGUGCUUCAGUGGUCGUCCCCCAGUUCCAACACGUUGGAGCAGGAACAGGGUCUCGCUACCUUGGCUGGUGACACGGAAGAGAUUGCAAAGGCGAAAGUGGAUGCCGUUGUUCGUCAUCGCAAGAUCGUUGAGUAUGCAGAGCGUAUUCGGAUCGAAUAUACCGUCUUGGUGGAGGAGUGCAUUACGGCUGCAUUGAGCAAGGCCGAGCGCAUAGCUGCUGGUGAACUGAGUGAUUCCUCUUGCUCCUCCGACGAAGAGGUAUCGCCGGACAGCGCUUUUGCCAGUGAUGCCGAUGUCAGCACCGCUGGUGAUAGGGAUGAGUUGAUGUACAUCCCCAUUCAAGAGCCACUGGCAAGGCAGCCGUUCCCUGCAGCUCCCACUCCACGCAAGCCCGCGACAUCGGCUCUUACGAUGUCUAUGCGCAACUCUCCUGAUCGUGCCCUCCUUGCCCAAGGCGAGAACAGAUCGUCUUCUGUCGCGGUAUCUACAGGGUCUAAUAGCCCCUUGGAAUGCCCGACUCCUCGAUCCCACAGAAGUGCCGCUGGCCUGUUGGGCACCUCGCAGCCAACUCGACGAGGUCUUUCGCUGGCCGAUAUCGACGCGGGUGACAGUAGCGAUAGCAGCAUGCCGUCAUCGUCUGCUUUCGCCAGCGCAAUGCGAACGGAUUCGCCUUCCUCUGAGAGGAGCUUUGACCGUAAACGUAGAAGCCUGGUGCUUCCGGGCCUGUCGAGUUCACCCCGUCGACAGCACUCUCCUGCUCGUGUCUCGGGCCCCCAUUCCCCACUGCGAAUGCCGAAGCCUCGACUUUCUCAUGGCGCGGACAGUCUUCCCUCGCCUAUCGUGUCUCCUUCUACGUAUGCAAGUGAAUUGGCACAUCAUCAUCGUCACCACCGCCGCCAAUCUUCGGCAACCUCGUCAGACGUGGCAAAACCUCCUCCGUCACCACGUCUGCCGUCUGUUAGCCAGCAACCUCGUCCUGCGCCGCCGUCCAUCAAGGAUUUUGAGAUUAUCAAACCUAUUAGCAAAGGCGCCUUUGGCAGUGUGUAUCUGUCCAAGAAGAAGUCAACCGGCGAAUACUACGCUAUCAAGGUGCUGAAGAAAGCAGACAUGAUUGCCAAAAAUCAGGUCACCAAUGUAAAAGCCGAGCGAGCGAUCAUGAUGUGGCAGGGUGAAAGCGACUUUGUCGCCAAGCUCUACUGGACGUUUUCAAGCAAAGAAUAUCUCUAUCUGGUUAUGGAGUAUUUGAAUGGAGGUGAUUGUGCUUCACUUGUCAAGAUCUUGGGUGGUCUUCCCGAAGAUUGGGCCAAAAAGUACAUCGCGGAGGUGGUCCUCGGAGUCGAGCACUUGCACAACCGUGGGAUUGUCCAUCGCGAUCUCAAACCGGAUAACCUUCUGAUUGACCAGACUGGGCACUUGAAACUCACAGACUUUGGUCUUUCCCGCAUGGGCCUUGUUGGUCGUCAGAAGCGUGUCCUGAAGAGCCCCAAUGAGCCUGCUCCUGAUCUCCUCAAGCAAGGGCCUUUCACUCGGGCUAUUUCCAUUGCCUCGUCUCGAUCGGCGUCGUUUGACUUCCAGGCCGCAUCCUCGCCUGGUUCCACGCCGUUGAUCACUCCAGAUAUGGCGGCGAAUGUGCAGCCGUCUUACUUCAGUCUGAAUCAGAGUGGCCUCAGCAUGCAAAGCUCUCGCCGAGCGUCGGGCUGUCGCAGUGAUAGUGCCGGUAGCGACAGCUUGAAUGGUAUGUUCCGAACCUUCUCUCUCAAUGAUGCUGGGAAUGAACACAAUGUGGUGUCCCCCAACGUGUGCUCCUCAAGUCUGGCAGAAGAGGAGGAGACGCAGAGCGACGCAGGCGAGUCUCCUCACCUUUAUCCGCUCCAGCCAACAUUCAGCAAUCCUAUGAUGCACAACACGCCACCGCAGCAGAGUAUGCUUCCGCCUGUCAUGGCUCUGUUUGAUCCUGAAGACCAUGACCGCCGCUUUGUCGGCACCCCCGACUAUCUGGCUCCCGAAACAAUCAAUGGCAUUGGACAAGACGAAAUCAGUGAUUGGUGGUCUCUGGGCUGCAUCAUGUUCGAGUUCAUUUUUGGAUACCCGCCUUUCAAUGCCCCAACUCCUGAUCAAGUGUUUGAGAACAUUCUUCAGAGAAACAUCAACUGGCCUGAUGACCCAGAGGAGUACACCACUCCCGAGGCGCUAGACCUAAUGAACAAGCUGAUGACCUUGAACCCACGUGAGCGCAUUGGCGCUAAUGUAGAUGAAAAGUACCCCAAUGGCGGUGCUGAGAUCCGGCAUCAUCCCUGGUUCGCCGAUAUCAACUGGGAUACCCUGUUAGAGGAUAAAGCACAGUUCGUGCCCAACCUUGAGAACCCAGAGGAUACAGAGUACUUUGAUGCUCGAGGUGCAACGCUGCAAACCUUCGCAGAAGAAAUGGAAGAUGAGCCUUCGCCCCAGGGUCCAGCAACCACUGGAUCCUAUCCCGACCGACCCCAUGACGCGCUGUUCAAAGUGCGUUCCCAGGUUAAUUCCAUGAAACGCCCGUUGAUGCCUUUGCACAUUCCCCCUCAUGUACGCGAUGCCCGGGAUUCACGGAGCCGGAGGUUGAGCGAGCCUGCUCUGGCCGAUGACUUUGGCAGCUUCAACUUUAAGAACCUUCCCAUGCUCGAGAAAGCGAAUAAAGAUGUGAUCCAAAAGAUGCGACAGGAGGCCAUGCAGGCGCAGCACCGUCAAUCUACUUCGUCGUCAUCGGUUGCUCAAACAUCCUCGACGGCUUCGCAGCCUUCUUUGGAAGGUAGCCCGCUUCCAAUGUCGUUGCAACGCACACUGUCCCAAACCAAGGGUAAUAAUCGACCCUCGUCGCCUUCCGGUCUCAGCCAGGCCAAUUCAUCGCCCAGCCGACCUUCCCAGCCAUCGUCUCCGCUACUGGUUCAGUUUAGCACUGGCAGCAAUCAUGAAAGACGCAAGACUUCCGGAUCUUCUUCGACUGCCUCACACCAGUCAAGCGGCACUUUCCAGUCCUCAUCUGUGGACCAACCGCGAAUGCCAAAUCUUCGGCUUGGCUCGGUUGCAUCGUCUCCUGUUAAGGCUAACCGAAUCCCUGCACAUUCGCCUGACAAGCACCCCUCAAGUCAACGGCAUGGAAGUGCGCCUGCGAGUCGUGCUCGAUCACAGACUAUCGGAUCGCAAGAUGGAGUUGAUUUCCCUGGCCUAAACAAGGAGCCCUUUGUUUCAUCCCACCAUAAGCGACGAAGUCAGCUUUUCGACAUUUCACCUUCGUCGUCUGACAACGAAGAUCCUCGGACCAAGGCCUUGCUCAAAGUCCAGCGUCGCCGCCAAAGCUCUCGUCGCCUGUCGCAAUUCAAUAUUCAGGAUGGCCCAUUCUUCCGCCCGCUGGAUAUUCUUAUCUGCGAAGACCACCCUGUGUCGCGUCUCGUCAUGGAGCGCUUGUUCGAAAAGCUUCGUUGCCGAACUAUCACGGUUACAAAUGGCGCUGAAGCUAUGCGAUAUGCACUGAGUGAAGUGCAGUUUGACAUUAUCAUGACGGAGUUUAAGCUCCCGCAAGUCAAUGGUGCCGAUUUUGCGCGAAUGGUGCGGGAGACUCGUAGCGCCAACAGACAUACCCCAAUCGUCGCGGUGACUGGUUACUUGAAGGAUCUCCCCGAGACCCAUUACUUUGAUGCUCUCAUUGAGAAGCCUCCCACACUUUCCAAGCUGACCGAAGCCCUCUGCAAAUGGUGCAUGUGGAAGCCACCACCAAAAGAUUACAAUCCUUCCACCCAAGCGCUUGCCGUGUCAAUGCCAACUGGUCGCACGAACCCAAUGUCAAAUGAUGAUAGCCCUAGCUCGGCAUCGUCUGGGUUCGUGCCACACCCUCCCAGCUCGUACAGAGGUUCUAGCCGCGAUGAUUCGGUGAGCAGCAGUGUUUUUGGCGACAUGGAGUCUAUCAAACAGGAUGAAGUACCUGUGAUCAUCAGCCGGAACCAUGAUGACUGGGAUCAGGGUCAAGGUGGACUUGGUAUCUCCGAGGACGCUCAUCCCGGCAGUCCCGAUCCCAAGGCUGUCCCAGUCCCGCAUCUACUCCAUGCCGCCUCUGCCCCCGCCGCCAUGGAUGCCGGUGGUGCGUUGACGCCUCGGAAACAACGCUCUAGUGAAGCCAUCCGCGCCAAACGAGAGUCCCUGGAGAAGAAGCGAUAUGAAUGUGCCGAAUCUGGUGAUGACGAGGACGAAGAGCUUGGUCAUUCGCAGUCUCGUCGCAGCCCACCGACUCGCAACCGCCGUCCUGGUUCCAAACUUGGUAUCGAGAUGAUGCGUACGAAUAGCCGCGGCAGCGUCGUCAGCGGAAGUGAAGAGCUUCUUAAGAAGGAGCGCGAAGCACUACGCAAGGCGGGCGAAUCUGAUACUGACGACGGCCCUCUGGGGUCCCCGGCGAGCACGAGUCUUGAAGAGCUGUUUGAGGGUAUGAGCAUUCCUGAGGAAUCUGAAUACGAUGAGCCUCUUAGUCCUCGAGACUCGCCUCCUCAGCAGCAAGUGUCGCCUUCUCGCCGCCGCCCUUCUCUCACUCAUCAGGAUACCUCCAUCUACUCUGGGCCGACGUCUCAUCCGGUUGUUUCCAAGACUAGCUCGGAAGGGUUGAAGCAAGGUCAAACCACUCCGCCAGGGGAUCUUGCCAAAGGUACCAAUGCCGGUCUGGGCGUUACUCCCAUUACCCCGGAGGUCAAGAUCUUUGACAACGCAUCGAACACAGAGGGUGGUUCAGGUGGUGAUACCGAUACUAGUCCCACGCCGGACGCCGAAGCUACGCCCCGUCCUUUGCACCCGUCUCCGAGCUUGGACGCCGAGGAGACUCCUCGCGCACUGGACCGGUACCGAUCAAACAUAUCCUCCGCCUUCAAACGGUAG